AUGAAACCCAAAGUCAAUGUGAAGAAGUUUGAUGGAGGAAAUUCAAGGUUUUCAAAAUCUAAAAAAAAUAUAGAGAAACAAAAAGGUUUGAUUGAAAGUUAUGACAUGACAGAAGAUAGUGGAAUAAAUAGGAAAAAUGAAUUGAGAACAAAAAGACGUUUUGAUAGAUGGAAAAUAAAAGGUGAUGAAGUUGUUGUUAUAAACUCAUGUUCAGAUAAUGUUACUGACAAGAAGCUUGAUGAAGAUGAAGACUCUGAUUUUGAAGAUGACAAACCUGUGGUAACAAGGAAAAAGAGAAGGCAUUAUACUUCAUUCAAAUAUGAUGACAAAGAAAGUGUGAAGAAAUUUAAAAGAAAAAGGAAUAAAGAAGGAAAUGUAGUGAAGGCAAGAAAACUGCCUAAAGUUGUUGCAAGUGAUGCAGAAGAAGCAAGGCGAAUACAAAGAAAACAAUUCGAAGAUGAAGAUAAUAUUAGACCAAGGGCAGUUCAACAAGUUAUUAUGCAAUCAACACGUGCAGAUUUAAUCUUUAAAGUAAACAUCUUUGUCCUGUUGUGUAAUACACUAGAAAGUGUUCGAUGCGAUUCAGUGAAGAUUGUACGAUGCAGACCAGCAAUAUGUUGUUGGAAUGUUGAUAAACUACGUGAGCGAGAAAGAGUAGAGUGUAGGACAAUUGGUCUGGGUAUGGGCAAAUUGCAAGAUCCAUUUCAAGUCAUCAAUGAAGCAUCGGAAACUGGUAAUGUAGGGCAAGAAAAAGUUCAGGUAAAUCAAGGAGAUGAUAUUUUUAGUGGAAGUGGGGAAAGUGUUGAAGUAGUUUACUACGUAUUAACAUUUGAAUAA